AUGGCAAACCUCCUCGAACCAAUCACCAUAGGAGGCAAACUCCCUCUCAGAAACCGUAUCGUCAUGGGUUCAAUGACUCGUAACCGCUGCAUCGACGAUAACAAACCUGGUCCAGCCCAAAUCAAGUACUACGCCGACAGAGCAAAGUACGGCACCGGUCUCAUCGUUACUGAAGGCACUUUCGUCGAUUGGACUGGCUGCGAAUGGAAGCACGCUCCCUUCAUGGUCACCCAGGACCACGCUGAUGCGUGGCGAAAAGUCACUGAUGCAGUACAUGACGUUGGUGGAAAGAUCUUCUUUCAGGCGUGGCAUGCUGGGAGGUGUCAGCAUGAUCAGAUGCCUAUUAUGAAAGAGAUGGGCGGAAAGGUUCUGGCGCCUUCUGCUAUUAGGGUUGAUGCAGGGAAAUAUCGAGAUUUACCUGGAAUGCCUGGACAUACGGACAAUGUCGAGGCCAUUACAGAUGUCCAAGCUGUUAUUGAGACGUACAGACGAAGCUGUGAGCUAGCCAGAUCAGCAGGCUUUGAUGGAGUUGAACUCUUGGCCCAAGGCGGAUAUUUACCUCAACAAUUUCUCAGCAGCCGUGCAAAUCAUCGUACCGACGAGUAUGGCGGUUCAGUCGAAAACAGAUGCCGCUUCACCCUCGAAGUCUUCGAUGCCAUCGCUGGUGUCUUCAACGGACCUGAGUAUAUCUGUGUCAAAGUUAACCCUACAGAUUAUCUCAACGACUCUGUUGUUGACUUUGAUGAGAUGCAAGAGACUUAUACAAAUCUUAUCACCGAGCUUGUUAAGAAAAAGGUUGGUAUCAUCAACCUUGGUCGUCGUGGUGCCGAAACGUCCACCGGUUCAGGAGAAUUCUUUGGGCCUCUCGUUCGGCCUGAAGGCUAUCCUCUCCCUCGUGGUUAUGAUCCUGUUCUUGACUUUGGGAAACUCGUCAAGUUUCCCGGAAGUCCGACUUUGCUUAUGGCCAAUCAAGAUUAUACUGUUGAAGCGGCUGAUGCACUUGUUGGAGCUGGAAAGCUUGACAUGAUUACGUUUGCGAGAGCUUUCAUCCACAAUCCGGAUCUUGUCCCUCGUAUCAUUCACGGAGUACCUCUCGCCAAGAACGAUAGAGGCUUUGGGGUUUAUUAUGGGCUAGGCAAGACACCUGACGAGGGUUACAAUGAUUGGCCAGUAGCCUCAACCACAUAG